GGCCGGGCCGGGCCGGACCAUGGGCUCCGUGCGCUGGGCCUUCCCGUGCGGCGCAUGGCGACCCCGGCGCCGCGAGUGGCUGCUGGCCGCGCAGCUGGUGCAGCCCGAGGAAAAGGAGCGCAUCGGCCAGUUUGUCUUUGCCCGCGAUGCCAAAGCCGCCUUGGCUGGUCGCCUGCUGAUGCGGAAAUUAAUUGCAGAGGAACUGUGCAUACCUUGGAAUGAAGUACACUUGAAAAGGACACCAAAAGGAAAACCAUUCCUGGCCAGUAACUUAGUUGGUAUCAACUCAAAUUACAACUUCAAUGUCUCUCAUCAAGGAGAUUAUGCAGUCCUUGCAGCUGAGCCUGAGCUUCAAGUCGGCAUUGAUAUUAUGAAGACUGAUUUACCAGGUAGUAGCUCAAUUCCAAAUUUCUUUCACAUAAUGAAGCGACAGUUUACUGAAACAGAGUGGGAUGUAAUCAAGUCAAUGAGUACUGAAUGGAUGCAGCUGGAUAUGUUUUAUCGGCACUGGGCCUUAAAAGAAAGCUUCUUAAAGGCCAUUGGAGUUGGAAUUGGCUUUAAUUUGCAAAGAAUUGAAUUUAAUGUGUCUCCAUUGCAACUGGAAAUAGGGAAAGUGUAUAAGGAGACAAAAAUGCUUCUGGAUGGAGAAAAAGAAGAGGAGUGGACAUUUGAGGAAACCCGCUUGGAUGACAAUCAUCAUGUUGCAGUGGCGCUUGGGAAACAGGAGGGAUCUGUACAGAAGGAUUCUGAUGUCCAUUCCGUGGAGCCUAACCAACCGCAAUUUAAAGUAUUGAGUUUUGAAGAUUUAGUUGCAUCUGGUAUUCCUGUUGCACCUGAGGAUUCUGCAUAUUGGGACAAUUUCUGUUCAAAGCAGGAGGGUCCAGUGAAACAGAGUUCACAUUCAAGAUAAGACUGUGUAUAAGAAAAAGAAACUUGUCAAAGUUAUUAUGCUGUUAUCCUGUUGAAUUUGAAGUACAGGAAUAAGUGCACAUAUGUAAAUGAAAUGUAUCUUUCCCUAUUUAAGCUGACAACCUGAUUUUCAUGACAUUUCAUUGGAAUUGUAAGGUAGACGUAUUUCCUUACUGAAGGAAUUCUGAAUGAGAAGCCUAAACCAACAUGCCUUUUUGCAUCUCCUUGCCUGUGCUUCUUGCACUUCAGUACUUAUCCAGGCUAGGAGCAGAAAGCAGCUGUACAAUAAUGUUGUUUAUUAGUGAACAAGUGUUUAGUAUAUAAAAAUGUGUUUCCGUACUAAUUUAUGCUGAAGCUUAAAUUAUGAUACUGCUUUUUCUCUUACAAAAAUUAUUCAUUUAUUCUCAGAUGGACAAAUAAAAAAAAUGCUACAAGUUCUUAUACUGUACAACACUUGGUGUUUGUGAAAUGCCAGGCUGAAAAGGUCUCCAGUAAUCUUGGAGCUACGUGUGUGCAAAAAUAGUUUGAGACAGAGAAUUCACUUACAGAUAUUUCAUAGUCUUUUCUCUUCUUAUCUUUGUUAAUUAAAGCUUCCUGUACACAACUUAGUAUUUGUCUUUUAACAGUUCUUUUUUGUAUUUUUUCCUCAGCAAUGGAUGCAAGCCAAGCAGCAGUUCAAUUUUCCUAGGCUUGCAUUUGCAUCAGUCAUGGGGGAAGCCCAAAGAAAAAAAGAAAGCUAUUUACUUUUUUCCAAAUAGUCUUGUAACGUCUGAUGACAGAACAUUUUACUGUCCUAACAUCAAAUGAAGGUUUCUGGAGAUCUGUAGAUCUUGAGUGCUGAUCUAGAAUAUUUUGUCUUCUUUUUCAAAAUAAAUCCUGUUUUGUGCCAUUACUUCUCACUCUUCUUUCUAGAAAUCAUAGAUACAAUGUGGUCCAUCUAAAUUUAAGAAAACACACUGAACAGAAUGAUCUUUGCACAAAAAUAAUUACCUUCUGUCCUACAGUUAAACAUAGAUCUUCAUUGAAUUUGGGGUUGUGUACAAGUAGUCUGCACCCUGUAUUCUGGUGUACACCAUGAAAAGAAGAAUCUACUUGUAGUGUAACCACUGAAUCUAUGCCUUAUUAAUAAGAUUAAGAAAAUUUUGUGAGAGAGAAUGAUUUUUACAACUAUUAUACAAGCAUUUGGAGUUCUGAACUCCAUUGAGUAAUUCUGAAUUCAAACAUGCUGCUAAACUCUCCUGUUUGCAGUGCUGAUUAAUUUUUUUUUCAAUUUCUGAGUCUCUCAUCCUGCAUGCUCAUCAUAGUUUUUAAUGUUACGCUUUUUUUUCCCCUCCAAAACUACAAAUCAGUAACAAUGACUCUUCCCUCCAGUCUCCACAGGGACAAAAUUAGAUGUUCAGCAACUUCAAAUCUGAAGUUUAAAAAAAUACAGAAUACUUUAUAUACAAAUUCUAAGUCAUGAAUUUCAGAUUGUCUUUUAGAAAAAUUAAAUUCAACUUGCAAUAAAUAAUUUGUAAUCCACAGAGGUCCAGUAUAUGCCAGUCAGUCACUGGACCUAUCAAUUGCAGCUUUGCCAGACAGUUUGAAAUUGCCAACUUUUCUGUAGGCCGGUGAAUCAGACUGCAAAUAUGGGAUAAGCUGAAUAGAAAAAUUUCCGAUCUAGAUUUCUGGGGAUAAGAGAAUUAAUUUCAUAUUAGAGAUUGGUUAUUUUUGCAUGAAAGCAGUGUCUCAAACCAGAAAUUUUCUUUCAUUGGAAAGAGUUUUAAAAGUAUUAAUGAAAUUAUUUGUAAUAUUGUGCUUGCAUGUAAGUAGAGGACAAGACAAAUUUGUUAAAUUAGAAAAUUGUGCUUGGUUUUCUUGCAAGAAAUAUGAUAGUCUUCAAGACUGUAUCUAAUUAGAAAGCGUUUGUUUUGGUUAGUUUUCCAUUAAGUAAAAUCUUAGUUUAGAGUGGUUCAUAAAGAAUUUUCUAGAA